AUGCGUGGAUUAAGACGAUCAGAUAUACUGGUAGUAAGAUGUUAUAUGGAGGAUGAAAUGAAAAGAUAUGCCGUUGACUUGCUUAGAACAGCAAUGAAUGAAUUCGAUGGUGAACGAGAAGUGGCAUGCUUUAUUAAGAAUAAAUUUGAUUCUCGUUAUCGUACCUACUGGCAUUGUAUUGUUGGCAAACAUUUUGACUGGUAA